AUGAAUUGGAUUUAUGAAAAACAUCGUCGAAAUCAAGAAUUAGCAUUACUUGAAGCAACAUAUAGAGGUCAAUUGCAUGAAACAGCUUGUAGAUUGGUAGGUUCGUUUGCUCCACCAUAUCCUGUCCGAUCUCACCCGAACAAAGAAACAAACCAGGAACAACCAUUUACACCUGUUGCUGCAUUUCAUGAACACCCAAACUGUUCAGCACAAAUGACUAUCAAUUUGUCUGUGGAUAUUGAGAGGAUUGCAGGUGAACUCCUAUCAUUGCUAGAAAAGGCGAUUCCAUUUCAAUUAAAAUGGCGUCAAACAGAUAUUACAAAACAAAUGAUCACGAGGCAUUAUCGAUUUAUGCAAUUUAAACCAUUAAGACCAGACCUUUUACUUGUUCCAACGUUGGAUAUUGACAUUGUUUCGCAAACAUAUUUGUUACGACCAUCAAUGUAUCGUGUUGAUUGUUUACGUUUAUUUCGGCGAAUCAUUGAUCAUUCAUUAAUUACGUUGGCUUCAGCACCUGGCAACCUCUUCUUUUUUCACAUAUCAGUUACACCGCCUGAAAAUCCCAUUAUACAAACCCCCAUGUAUCAAAAGAUGCAGUAA